GCAUAACCUGUGAGAAUGUGGCUUUGGCUUUAUCUCCGUCUUUUGAUAUUUUAGAUGUGACAUAUAAGCCCCCACACUGAACUCGGUCUUUAUAAGCUGCUUCAACACGGGCGAAGCUCUGGUACACGGGAGGAAUAUUUUUUGCCCUCUUUUGACUUAAAGACAUCGGCCCCCGAGGAUAAAGAAAUAAACUGAGAGAGAAUCAUCAUUCUGCAAGAUCAAAAACAUGGAGUGGAUGACUUCAGACUAUUAUUAUAAUGGUACAGAAGAUUACCCAGAUGAACAGCUCUGCAACCUGGACCCUAACCCCGUGGAGGUCAUCACCCAAACGUACAUCCAUUCCAUCAUCUGUGCCUUCGGCCUGAUAGGCAAUGCUCUUGUAAUCUUCACCUACAUAUUCUACAAGAGAACCAAGACGAUGACAGACGUCUAUCUCUACAAUGUAGCUGUGGCAGACCUGAUCUUUGUGUUAGCUCUGCCGUUUAUCAUAUACAACGAGCAGCACAGUUGGUUAAUGGGAACCGUGGCUUGCAAGAUUCUGAGGUCAGCCUACAGUGUCAACCUCUACAGUGGCAUGCUCCUGCUUGCGUGCAUUAGUGGCGACCGUUACAUUGCUAUAGUUUGGGCGAGAAGAUCUUUCGGUGCACGCGCUCGAACCAUGACCUACAGCCGCCUUAUCUGCUCAGCUGUUUGGCUGUUUGCUGUGGCUUUAACACUGCCCACACUCCUCUACACUGAGAUCUUUGAGGAGAAUAAUUUGCAGACUGGGGCUUUCACUGUGAUGUGUCAACUGUCUUUCAACACGAACGAAACCGCAAAGCUAGUGAAGGUGGUGGUUCCCAGCCUUCAAAUGGCCAUUGGCUUCCUGCUGCCUCUGUUGGUGAUGGUGUUCAGCUACUCCAGCAUUGUAUUCACCUUGCUGAGAGUGCAGAGCAGCCAGAGGCACAAGGCGGCCCGGGUGAUUUUGGCAGUUGUUGUGGUUUUCAUCGUGUGCCACCUUCCCUACAAUGUGGCUCUGCUGAACCACACCCUGUUUCUUUUUAGGAAGCGGGGUUGUGAGGCAGAGAAGAUUAAACUCCAAGUUCUGGCCAUUUCCAGGAGCCUAGCCUACCUGCACUGCUGUCUCAAUCCCAUCAUCUAUGCCUUCAUUGGGGUGAAGUUCAGGAGCCACUUCCAGCAAAUAAUAUUGGACUUAUGGUGCUUUAGCAAAAAGUACAUCUACAAUGCUCGCUCGUCACGCGGGACGUCCGAUGUUUGCAUCUCUGGCCGCAUGUCUGUAAAUGGCUCCAGCAACGUGGCAUCAUUCAGUGCAUGACACUGCAGUGAUACAAAGCCUUUACAGAGUCUGAUUAGAAAUGGCAACAAUCGGGUGCCCGGAUAGCUCAGUUGGUGGGGCGGGCACCCAUAUAUAAGGGUUUGGUCCUCAGCGCGGCGGUCCAGGGUUCCGCUCCGACCUGCGGCCCUUUGCUGCGUGUUGUUCCCCCUCUCUCUCCCCUUUCAUUUCUUCAGCUGUUCUCUCAAUAAAGGCCUAAAAAUGCCCAAAAAAUUAUCUUAAAAAAAAAAGAAAUGGCAACAAUCGAGCAGCGUCUCAUCUUUCUUUCCCAAGCUGUUACUUUGCUGUAGCCACAGUGGAGGUAAAAGCAUCUGUGCAAAAAUGUGCUUAAAUAAAACAUGCAGUGUAUUUGAAAUCUAUUGACUGCUCAGCCAACAUGAGCAAAUGACCUUCAAUAUAAGAUAUUGUAAUAUUGUAGAGAUCUUAUUUUUCCAAACUGUUCUAAAAGGCACAGCUUAGAGAGUUAGUCACUUCCUACAUGAAUUUUAUUUGUAUGAUCUAAAAUGUAACAUAAAUACACAUGAUCAAAUGUAAAGUCAAAUUGAUGGUUUAAAAAAAUACUUAAGUCUUACUUGCUUGUUGCUAUCUUUAAAAUAUAUAUCUGGAGGCAAUGAUGUAUAAUUGUGACACAUUUGGAUAUCUUUAUCUUGUAAUUGUGACUAUGACAACAACUUCUUGUUUUAUUGUAUUCAUAUGUAUGAUGUUGACUGAGUCUGAAAAAAGAU